AUGUCGGAGCUGAAAAGGUUAAAAAUUGCGCGGGCGCAUUGCAAAGGAGCGUUGACGCGAAUUGAAAGUUUUGUUCGCGAACCAGCUAAUAUUGCUUCAGCAACAAUAGACGUUUUAGAAGCUCGUAAAGAUAAAUUAAUUUCAGUUUUAAAACAAUAUGAAAGUAUUCAGUUGGAUGUUUUAGGCCUAGAUGAAGAGGACUCUGAGGAUAUUGGUGAGAUGGAAGAUAAGUAUUAUAUGACUCUUGGUAAAAUAAAUGAAGCAAUUAAAAUUCUUAAUAAAUCAGAGCCCUCUCAAUCUAAUUGCAUGUCUUCGUCUAAAUUACCUAAUGUGGAAGUUCCCACAUUUGAUGGUAAAGAUUGUACAAAAUUUAAACCAUUUUAUGAAUUGUUUAUUGCUGUCAUUGAUAAUAAUAGGACUUUAUCGGAUGUCCAAAAGUUGUUUUAUCUACGCAAAUAUUUAUUAGAUGAAGCCUUAUCAGUAAUUGUUAACUUGCCCUUAGUAAAUAAAUCAUAUCAGGAAGCACUAACUUUGCUUAAAAAACGGUUUGAUAAUAAGGCACGUUCUAUAUGUAACCAUAUAAAUAUACUUUUGGAUAUUCCACCUAUGCUCAAAGGGACAGCAGCCCCAAUACGGACCUUUAUUUCUCAAGUACAGCAGCAAUUACACACUUUAAAAAACUUAGAUGAACCAAUUGAUAGUUGGGAUCGGGUUUUAAUUUGUAUCCUCAAUAGGAAACUGGAUUCAUACACAAUCCUUGCUUUUCAGUUAGAGCGUGAUCCACAAAUAUUACCAACAAUGGUGGAAUUUAUAGCAUUUUUGGAAAAACGUGCUAUGGCACUAGAAGAUAGUGCCCCACAUAAGAGUAAUGAUAGUGCCCCACAUAAGAGUAAUUGCUUUGAUAAUAAAUUAAGGCCAGUAGUAAGAGCUGCAAAUGUUUCCACACAAUCCAUUGUAUUGUGUGAAUUUUCUAAAAUGAAAGAUCAUGCAAUUUUUAAUUGCCCAAAAUUUAAGAUGGUCACUAUUGAGACUCGUUUAUCUUUUGUCAAAGAUCACAAAUUGUGUUCUAUUUGCUUAAGGGAUUAUUCAGACCAUGUCUGUAAAUAUAAAUUUAAAUGUAGAAUUUGUAAAAAGCCUCAUAAUACUCUCCUCCAUGUGGAGGAGGAGGCUAAGGUUUCACUGGUUUCAAAUAGCAAUGCUUGUAAUGCAGUUACAUUGCUGCCUACUGUUAAGGUAAAGGUUAUUGACAAAUAUGGUCGAGACAUUUAUGUUCGAGCUCUGCUUGAUAGUGGUAGCCAAGCCUCAUUUGUGACAAACACUCUUGUUAAAGAAUUAAAUUUGAAACCUUUUUCAAAUUCAUCUAGUAAUAUCAUUGGUAUUGGCAACAAAAUCACAGUAAUAAAUCAAACUAUUAAUUUAUCUCUAAGGUCUUGUGUGUAUAAAGAUAUAACAUUUAAUGUAAACUGUUUAAUAGUUGACUCAAUUACGACACCCUUACCUCAAAAUUUUGUUCAUAUUUCGCAAUCAAACAUUCCAGAGCAUAUAUUGUUAUCAGAUGAUCAGUUUAACAUUCCUUCAGAUAUUUCAAUAUUGUUAGGAGUUGAUGUUUAUUUCAACUCAUUGUUAAAUGGAUGUAUAAAGAUUUCAGAUGGUCCUGUGUUACAAAACACAGUUUUUGGAUAUGUUGUAGCUGGUAAGAUUGAGACUAAAAAUAAAAACUCACAUUUAGUGUCUAAUUUUGUUAUAUGUGAUGAAGGAAAGCUAGAAAAUGUGAUGGAAAAUUUUUGGAUAACUGAAGCAUUACCUCAACCUAUAACAGGCGUUACAAGUGAGUUGCACAAAUCAGAAAUUAUUUUUCAAGAGUCUGUCACUUUUGAGCAUAACAGAUUUUCAGUUGACUUGCCCCUCAUCUGUUCAAAAGAUGAGUUGCUACUUGGGGACUCCUUUUCAAUUGCUUGGCAAAGGUUUUUAUCACUAGAAAAAAGGCUCAAACAAAGUCCUAUGCUCUCUAUUAUGUAUAAAGAUUUUAUACAGCAAUAUGUGGCGAUGGGACAUGCAAAGAAGGUCGAUAUAAGUACAUAUGAUAUUAAUAGUGGCUCUGUUUAUUUUUUAUCACACCACCCUGUCUUCAAUGAGGAUAGUAAGACGACUAAAUUACGAGUGGUUUUUGAUGGAAGCAUGAAAACAAAAAAUAAAAUUUCUUUAAAUGAUGUUAUGCUGAAUGGGCCUGUAGUGCAGAGUGAAAUUUUCGAUAUCCUUGUUUUAUUUCGUAGUUAUUUGUUUACAUUACUAUGCGACAUAGAAAAGAUGUUUCGAUGUGUUCUGAUUAAUGAUCACCACACUAGUCUUCAAAACAUUCUUUGGAGAAAAAACCCUGACAUGCCCAUAAUUUGCUUGCAGUUGCAGACGGUCACUUAUGGACUGAAGUCAUCUACAUUUUUGGCAACCCGUUGCCUCUUAGAGUUAGCGAACAGAUAUAAAAAUUGUUAUCCUUUGGCUGCAAAAGCGAUAAUAUUGAUCACUUAUGUGGAUGAUAUUCUCGCUGGAAGUGAUAAUAUUGAUGAGCUUCACUUGUUAAAAUAUGAAUUAAUAGAGCUAUUAAAAUUAGGUAAUUUUAAUUUACACAAGUGGUGCUCUAACCACCAUCCUGUCCUUGAGGACAUUCCAAAUGAAUGUAGAUAUUUUGAGGAUUUAAAUAUUAAUAGAGAUUAUGUUAUUAAGGCAUUGGGCUUAAAAUACAAUAUAGUGUUAGACUAUUUUUAUUUUGAAACCCCUUGUUGUGAGGGGAAAGUACUAAAUACCAAACGGAGCAUAUUAGGUUUCAUUGGAAAAAUCUUCGACCCCUUGGGGUUGAUAGGCCCGAUCAUAGUUUCAGCAAAAUUAAUAAUGUAA